AGCGCCUGCGCAGUACAGCCAAGUGUGGCCAGCGGCUGCUAUCUGGGGAAACUAUCAAGCUAACUGUUGGACCUACUUGUCGUAUCUGUUCCUUUUAGGCGGUGUUCAAAGUUCGGACGUUUUUAUCACCGCUAUUAGACUAUGGUAGCAAUUAUGCUGUUGGUACUGUUACACGAUGUAGGCCGUCGCUUGUAAGAUAUCUCAACAACGAUGUUUUGCUAGUUAACAUGCUAUCGCUAGAUAGCAUCCAGACUGCGCACAACAUAAUGCUCGUGACCCAAUUGCUAACAUUAGCAUAAGUUUGUUUACGUAUCGCCAUCAUUUGGUAGGUGAUCAAUAACGCCUUUGUUUUGCUGUCUACCGAGUUGACAGCUAGCUAUCCUAUUAACGUUAAGAGUGAAGUGACUGGCCAGCUAAAAUAGUUUAGCUAGCGUUACCUAUGUUCAGAGAUACUGGCCCUCAACCUAGUAGUCCUACCGUUACAAUGUAAAUCCGAUUUAUGGAAAAUUAGACCUUUUGAAAAGUAACGAGGGACUGUUAGCUCAUCGAAGUUUCAGUUUAAGAUGUUUACAGGUCUUUAAAGCUGAACAAUCAAGACUUUCUCAAGUGAGCACGCUUGCUGUUGUGACGCGCGAGCAAGAUGGACAAACCGCCGUUCAGACAGAACCAGAACCAGGUGUGCGGCGCGUGGAUGAUGAAGGAGCGCCUGGGCACGGGCGGGUUCGGACACGUCUAUCUCUACCAGCAUAUGGAGACCAACGACAAGAUUGCGGUGAAGCUGUGCCGCUUGGAGCUCAACGCUAAAAACAAGGACCGAUGGAGUCGGGAGAUCCAGAUCAUGAGGAAGCUGAAUCAUUUGAAUGUGGUGACGGCGAGGGAGGUUCCGGAGGAGAUGAAGCACAUCGCCCUGAAUGACCUGCCGCUCCUCGCCAUGGAGUACUGCUCCAAAGGGGACCUCAGAAAGCUGUUGAGUAAACCAGAGAACUGCUGUGGACUGAAAGAGAGUGAGGUCCUUUCCUUACUCAACGACGUGGGCUCGGGGAUCCUGUAUCUGCAUGAGAACAAGAUCAUCCACAGAGACCUGAAGCCAGAGAACAUCGUGCUGCAGGACAUCGAUGGCAAGCUGGUCCAUAAGAUCAUAGAUCUGGGUUAUGCCAAAGACCUGGACCAAGGCAGUCUCUGUACCUCAUUUGUUGGCACUUUGCAGUACCUGGCUCCGGAGCUGUUUGAGAAUAAGCCCUACACGGUGACGGUGGACUACUGGAGCUUUGGCACAAUGAUCUUCGAAUGCAGCUGUGGCUUCCGCCCGUUUCUGCACAAUCUGCAGCCUGUGCAGUGGACAACCAAAGUGCGCAACAAAGGGCCCAAGGACAUCAUGGCCGUCGAGGACAUGAACGGAGAAGUGCGCUUCUCCUCCCACCUGCCCUACCCCAACAACCUGAGCAAGACCCUGGCGGAGCCUCUGGAGAGCCUGCUGCAGCUGAUGCUGCGUUGGGACCCUGUGCAGAGGGGCGGAGCUCUGGACCACGACAGCCGGCAGCCCAAGUGCUUCAGCGUCCUGGACAACAUCCUCAACAUGAAGGUUGUGCAUAUCCUGAACAUGGCGUCCACUCAGGUGCACUCGUUCCUGCUGUGUGCGGACGAGGGGCUGCACUCCCUGCAGCAGCGCAUCGAGACGGAGACGGGCAUCCAGCACCUCCACCAGGAGCUGCUGCAGGAGACCGGCGUCUCCCUCGACCCCCGCAAGCCCGCCGCCCAGUGCGUCCUCGACGGCGUGAGAGGCUGGGACCGGUACAUCGUGUAUCUGUUCGACAGGAGCCUGACCAAGUACCAGGGGCCCUUCACCGCCAGGCCACUGCCCGACAGCGUCAACUUUAUCG